AUGGAAAAUGACUGCCUGCGUGCAGUGAGUGUGGGCCUGGGGCGGUGCAGGAGCAGUAUAAAAGCAGGCCCUUCUCCUCACUCUCUCAUCCACUCUUCUUGCCUCCUUCUCCUCAGGAACAAGGUGCAGCUCCAGCCCCAAGCCAUGUCCUGCUACAACACCUGCCUGCCCUGCCAGCCCUGCGGCCCGACCCCACUGGCCAACAGCUGCAAUGAGCCCUGUACCCUGCAGUGCCAGGACUCCAGGGUUGUCAUCCAGCCCUCCCCGGUGGUGGUGACCCUGCCUGGACCCAUCCUCAGCUCCUUCCCACAGAACACCGCUGUGGGAUCCUCCACCGGCGCUGCUGUUGGCAGCAUCCUCAGCGAUGCGGGAGUGCCCAUCAACUCUGGGGGCUUCGGCCUCUCUGGCUUGUCUGGCUUUGGUGGCCGCUACUGUGGCAGGAGAUGCUUCCCCUGCUAAAGGUGCUGACCAUGGCUCUGGGGAAGAAUGCAACAGACACCCAAUAUGAUCACACCCUGGAGAUGGAGCAUGGGCUUGUUGCUUUGAGAGGAACUGAGCAACCCCAGCACCCCUUGCAAAAGGACAGGGAGAGCCUGGGCUCUCACAAAGCA